AUGGAUGGCCCCGCAUACGUGCCGCCAUUGUCGGUGAAGGUGAUGCGCAUGUCGACGCCGAGUCUUGGGACAUUGCCUGUUCCCAUGUUUGAGACGCAAGGUGAGUCUUGCUUCGACCUUGGCCCCGCAUCGGCCGUAGCGCCGUUUCCUGCAGCACAAUGGGAUGCGGUCAAAGACAGCUACGCGCGAGGCAGCGACGCACCGUUUACGUAUGCCGGACAGCACGAUGACGUACAGAAAACUUUGCGCGAUACGAUGUAUACGGACCAGCUAACGCUGCCCUCCUCCUUCGGCACAGUCUGCGUCGGCGAGACGUUCCGUGCACUUGUCUGUAUAUGCAACGAGUCCGACUCGCAGCUAGAAGGCGUGGAAGUGCACGUCGAUAUGCAUAUCGGAGGCCCGGAUGCAGAGCAGGUCACUGUUGCACCGCAAGUGUGCCGCCUCGCGCAAUGGCCCGAAAACGAUGCGCCGUGUGUCCUUGCGCCGCGCGCGCAAAUCACGCUCGUCGUGCACCAUGAAUUGCGUGUGCUGCAGCUGCAUGCACUCUUGUGCCGUGUGUGCAGCGAUAUUCCAGGCGCGCCAGCGGCCGAGAAGGCGCAUUGGAUCUCGAAAAUGUACAAGUUUCCCGUGCAGCCGCCGCCGAUUGCUGUGCGCUGCACGACGCAUACAGCGACGAGUGUUGCACAGCAACUGCAUCACGAUAUACACGUCCGCGAACGUACUGCGAUCCAAGUCCAGCUGCACAAUGUAUCGCAAAAGCCCGUGAUUGUAGAGCGCAUUGGGUUGGAUACGCGGCCUGCGGGCGAGACGUGGGACUGGGAAUUGAUCGAGGCGGACGCAGGUACGAGCAGCGCCGCACAGCAUAUGCAGCCCAAAGAUGUCUGGCAGUACAUAUUCUCCCUCAUCCCACGCCAGCCGCAGCUUGUGUCGCAUGCCCGGCGCGCCGCGCUGGCAGGCGCACCCGAAGACGCAUCGCCGGCCGGCCACGUCUCGGAGCCGCUCGGGCACAUUAUGCUGUCGUGGCGCGUGCCUGGCGCGGAUCCUGGGCGUUUGCGCGUCGGGCCCAUCAUGCGCUCGGUGCACGCUCCGCGUGUGUGCGUGUGCGGGGACAAGGAUGCGCCGGCGCUCGUGUGCACGCUGUACAUGGCCCAAGCGCCUCCGCCUGCGUUUGUGAACCAAGCGAUUGCGCUUUCGUACCGACUGACAGUGUCUGAUGUAGCCGCACACGCGCCCACGCGCACAUUCUCCUUAGUGCUUGUGCAGCGCGAGGAGCGUGCCUGGGAUGCCACGGCGCUGCUUGGACAUACUUCUACUCAGUUGCCGCCGCUCACGACGCAUACCGACGACAGUGGCACCUCCGGCGAGCUCCCUUUUUCGCUCACGCUGUUGCCGCUGCGCACGGGCAUUGUGCGCGGCGGCGCCAUGGCGCUUGCGCUCCUGUCGUUUUCCCAAGAGAAUUAUGCGCCCGUGUUAUUCGAUCCGCCGCAUAUUCUGCAUGAAUGGGAUAACAUAACGGAACUCUACGUAGCCGACGACCAGACAUAA